AUGGCACAGGGCCUGGCCCUCCUGCUGGCCCUGUCCCUGGGUCUCCUGCAGCCUGGCCGUGGUGAGCAGGGCCAGCCCCUCCAGCUGGAGCCCCCGGAGCCCGAGGUGGCCGUGGCCGUGGGUACGUCACCGCGGUUCACCUGCAGCCUGGCCUGUGCGGGCCGCGGGGUCGCCUCGGUGCGGUGGCGCGGCCUAGACACCAGCCUGGGCGCGGUGCAGACGGGCGCGGGCAGCAGCGUGCUCACCGUGCACAACGCCUCGCUGGCGGCUGCUGGGACCCGCGUGUGUGUGGGCUCCUGCGGGAACGUCACCUUCCAGCGGACCGUGCGGCUCCUGGUGUACGCCUUCCCGGACCAACUGACCGUGUCCCCGGCAGCCCUGGUGCCUGGGUGGGACCAGGAGGUGGCCUGCACCGCCCACAACGUCACGCCUGCAGGCCCUGACGCCCUGUCCUUCUCCCUGCUCCUGUGGGGCCGGGAGCUGGAGGGGGUCCAGGUCCUGAGCCGGCAGGAAGAUGAGGAGCCCCAAGAGGACGAGGAUGUGCUGUACCGUGUGACGGAGCGCUGGCUGCUGCCCCGCUUGGGGACGCCUGCCCCACCCGCCCUCCACUGUCAGGCCACCAUGAGGCUGCCCCACUUGGAGCUGACCCACCGCCAGGCCAUUCCCACACCCAGCCCUGUGGCCGUCCAGCUGCCCGCAGCUCUGUGGGCGAGCAGCUUGGCUCUGGGGCUGCUCCUCCUCGUGUUCCUGGCCUAUCACCUGCAGAAACGCUGCCAGUCCCAGGGCUGA